AUGGAGUCCCAGGGUGAUCAGCCGUCUCCGGCCCCUGACUCGGUCGAGGUUGAGCUACCGAAUGGCAAGCGACGAUGGCGCCGAAACAGAGUCGCCUGCGACUCAUGCCAUACUCGCCGCGUACGAUGCGAUCGUGCUUUCCCCUGCUCGAGGUGUCUUCGCGGUGAUAUACACUGUCAAUUUACCCGCGAGCGCCGGAAACGAGGACGUAUUGCGAGAUCGAAGCCGACAAAUGGAAAUACGAAUGCCGAGGACGAGGUAACCCAGGACCGCGCCGAGGGGAAGCAGGCCGACGGGGAACACAAGCGGGAGUCGAAGUCGCAGUCGCAGUCGCAGCAGAGGCUGUCGCCAAUUGAAAACAAUUCUCCCACAUCGACCUUUCAUCAGCCAUCGCCUGCAACAAAUGAGAUCAGCGCCGGUGUCGACGACCCUCGGUCUAUGCCAGAUUGUCCACAGCCGCAGCGGACAGGGCCUGCCGCGAAUGUCACAGAGGAAUGGCUUUCAGCGGCACAUCUGUCGCCAGACUCGUACGAUAUGCUUGCAGGAACGGGUGGCAGCGACGCGCCUUUGCCCCGGUUGAUGGAUAUUUGGAAUCCGGUUGAUUUCGCUGGCCACCAGGCGGCCCAGCACGCCCCUCCCCUACCGUCUGUGUCGGGGACGAACCCUUCAAGACGAAGACGGUCAUCAAUCUCCCGGUCGCCAUUGAAGUACCCUGUUUUGGAACCUCUCAUGCCUUUUCUCGAAUCGCACCUCCCGCGUCGACUGGUGUGCGAUCUGCUUGAACUCUACUUUACUAGUGCUUUCUCAACCCAUAUGCAUCCUGUGUGUCAUCAUAUUCAUUGCUAUGUCCUGCGAAAGACGUCUUUUCUAAGUGUCGACCGCCCCAGGCCCACUAGUCCUGCCUUGCUGGCAAGUAUGCUCUGGGUAGCUGCUGUGGAUGAUCGAGCUUUCUCUUUAUCCAUCUCACCAUUACAACGGAGAAAGAUAUGCCAAUUUCUCUGUGCGUUGAUUAUUCGCUUACUGCGGCCUUUGAUACAUGUCUCAUUCAAAGACCAAGAUUCAUCACCCGCCGAAAACACAACCACCCACGACUUCUCUGCAGGGACUCACCACCCAUUCGAAGGAGUCGGUGAUGAUAAAGGGCUGGUAGGCCCCGCUGGAUCUUUAGACGAUGUCAUUACCUAUAUUCAUGUGGCCUCGAUUAUCUCAUCUAGUGAACAGAAGGCAGCAAGUAUGAGAUGGUGGCAUGCGGCCUUUACACUAGCUCGAGAACUUAAAUUGAAUCAAGAGAUGGAAAUAACACCCAAUAUCGACAGCAUGAGCGAUGGUUCAAGUCCGUCCUUCGGCUACGGUCUAGGUGGAUGGCCUGGUUCUCCAGAAGAGCAUCGUGAGGAGCGGCGCAGAACCUGGUGGUUGCUAUAUAUCAUGGACCGCCAUCUUGCAUUAUGCUAUAAUCGUCCGCUAGCCCUACUGGAUGCCGAGAGCGAGGACCUGUUGCUUCCACUGGAUGAAAGCUCCUGGCAAGCAGGAAUCAUUCACAGCAAUAGUCCUCGUCCCGAUGGGCCCCAAUGCCUCCGGUCGGGCGACCAAAAUAAACGUCGCAUUUUCCCCAACUUUAUUUGCCACGACCACUCCAUUCUUGGCUUUUUCCUCCCACUCAUGACGAUCACUGGCGAACUGAUCGAUCUAAACCAGGCACGAAACCACCCUACUCUCGGUGUCAGGCUUCAAGGAAAGGAAGCGUGGGAGGUUCACGUAUCGGAAGUGCUGCGCCAGCUUGAGAUAUACAAAGCUAGUCUCACAACCUUCGCGGCGGCGGCGGCAGACCCAGCGGCCUCGUCAACGACUGCUUACACCAACAAACCAGAACCUGUCGAUCCGCAAUUGUCCGAGGCCUAUUCUUGGCAUACCCAGACCGUGAUUGCCUAUUCCUCCUACCUUACACACGUCCUCCACAUCCUGCUCGUCGGAAAGUGGGAUCCUGUCUCAUUGAUAGAAGAUAAAGAUUUCUGGACAUCCUCCCCGGCUUUUGCGUCGACCAUCUCACACGCACUGGAAGCGGCCGAUUCCGUGCAACAAAUCCUCCGCUUCGACCCCGACGUUAGUUUCAUGCCUUACUUCUUCGGCAUCCAGCUGCUGCAGGGUAGUUUCCUCCUGCUACUUAUCGUAGAGCGCCUCCAAAAGGAAGCAGGCGAGGGCAUACUCAACGCGUGCGAGACCAUGAUCCGAGCGACAGAAUCUUGUGUGGUGACCCUCAACACGGAGUACCAACGCAGCUUCCGGCAAGUGAUGCGCUCUGCGGUUGCCCAGGCUCGAGGUCGACCUGUUAACCCGAGUGAAAUUCGACAUCGCCGAAAAGCAGUUCUCGCGCUUUAUCGCUGGACGCGAAAAGGGACUGGCCUGGCCCUGUAA